CUCUCAGCUCACAUGUUCGGCGAACUUCCGACAAGUACAUGCAAUGCUGCAUCAAUGUGUAAAUAUGAAGUAAUGUUGCUGUAACAACUUAAUCGUUUAUAAUUACUUGGUGUGUUAUAAAACGAGUAACUAUGGACGCUCUUCAAGAGGAGUUCAGGGGCAUGACCCCUCAGCAACUGGCGGCACCUGUAAAUACUGUGGAGGAAAAAUGGAAAUUGCUCCCGGCGUUUUUGAAGGUCAAAGGGCUUGUGAAGCAACACAUAGACUCAUUCAAUUACUUCAUCAAUGUGGAGAUAAAGAAGAUCAUGAAAGCCAAUGAAAAGAUCACCAGUGAUGCUGACCCAAUGUGGUACCUCAAAUAUCUCAAUAUUUAUGUUGGCAUGCCGGAUGUGGAAGAGAGCUUCAAUGUAACACGACCAGUGUCUCCACAUGAGUGUCGGCUGAGAGAAAUGACGUACUCUGCUCCUAUCACAGUGGACAUUGAGUACACCCGAGGGAGUCAGAGAAUCAUCCGGAAUGCCCUGCCUAUCGGAAGAAUGCCCAUUAUGCUGCGGAGUUCCAACUGUGUUCUAACGGGAAAGACACCCAUGGAGUUCUCCAAACUAAACGAGUGUCCUCUGGACCCAGGUGGCUACUUUAUUGUCAAAGGUCAAGAGAAGGUUAUUCUGAUACAAGAACAGCUUUCCAAGAACAGAAUCAUUGUGGAGCAGGACAGGAAGGGUGCAGUUGGAGCCUCAGUGACCAGCUCCACCCAUGAGAAGAAGAGUAGGACCAACAUGAUUGUAAAACAGGGUCGCUUUUACCUGAAGCACAACACCUUGUCAGAGGAUGCACCAAUUGCCAUCAUCUUCAAGGCGAUGGGUGUGGAGAGUGACCAGGAGAUUGUGCAGAUGAUCGGCACUGAGGAGCAUGUGAUGGCUGCCUUCGGCCCCAGUCUGGAGGAGUGCCAGAAGGCCCAGAUCUUCACACAGACUCAGGCUCUGAAGUAUAUCGGGAACAAAGUACGACGACAGCGAAUGUGGGGUGGACCCAAGAAAACCAAGAUGGAGGAGGCCAGAGAACUGCUGGCCUCAACCAUCCUCACCCACGUACCUGUGAAAGAGUUUAACUUCCGGGCGAAGUGUAUUUAUCUAGCCGUCAUGGUGCGGAGGGUCAUCCUGGCCCAGGGGAACAACAAAGUUGAUGACCGCGAUUACUAUGGCAACAAGCGUCUGGAGUUGGCUGGCCAGCUGUUGUCCCUGCUAUUUGAGGAUUUGUUUAAGAAGUUCAACACGGAGCUGAAGAAGAUCGCUGACCAGAUCAUCCCCAAGCAGCGAGCUGCUCAGUUCGACGUGGUCAAGCACAUGAGACAGGACCAGAUCACCAACGGCAUGGUCAACGCCAUCUCCACAGGGAACUGGUCACUUAAGAGGUUUAAGAUGGACAGGCAGGGCGUGACGCAGGUACUGUCCCGGCUGUCGUUCAUCUCGGCCCUGGGCAUGAUGACGCGUAUCUCCUCCCAGUUUGAGAAGACGCGAAAGGUCAGCGGCCCGCGCUCGCUGCAGCCCUCCCAGUGGGGCAUGCUGUGUCCCUCCGACACACCUGAGGGAGAGGCCUGUGGCCUGGUGAAGAACUUGGCCCUGAUGACGCACAUCACUACAGACAUGGAGGAUGGGCCCAUCAUCAAGCUGGCCUUCAACCUGGGCGUAGAGGACGUCAACCUGCUGUGUGGAGAGGAGCUCUCCUACCCCAGCGUCUUCCUCGUCUUUCUCAAUGGUAAUAUCCUGGGUGUGAUCCGUGACCACUCCAAGCUGGUGAACACCUUCCGGCUGAUGCGGAGAGCAGGCUUCAUCAACGAGUUUGUGUCCAUCUCCACCAACCUGACCGACCGCUGCGUCUACAUCUCCUCCGACGGGGGAAGGCUGUGCAGGCCCUACAUCAUAGUGAAGAACGGCCAGCCGGCUGUCAAGAACAAACACAUUGAGGAGCUGUCUCAGGGCUACAGGAACUUUGAGGACUUCCUGCAUGAGAGCUUAGUGGAGUAUCUGGAUGUGAAUGAGGAGAACGACUGCAGCAUCGCACUGUAUGAGCACAUGAUCACCAAGACUACCACACAUCUGGAGAUUGAGCCGUUCACUCUGCUGGGUGUGUGUGCAGGCCUUAUCCCGUACCCCCAUCACAACCAGUCGCCCAGAAACACCUACCAGUGUGCUAUGGGCAAGCAAGCCAUGGGCACCAUCGGCUAUAAUCAGAGGAACCGCAUAGACACGCUUAUGUACCUGCUGGCCUACCCUCAGAAACCCAUGGUGAAGACCAAGACCAUCGAGCUGAUCGACUUUGAGAAGCUCCCGGCUGGCCAAAACGCCACGGUGGCCGUCAUGAGCUACAGUGGCUACGACAUAGAGGACGCGCUGGUGCUCAACAAGGCCUCUCUGGACCGAGGGUUUGGCCGGUGCCUGGUCUACAAGAAUGCCAAGUGUACUCUGAAGCGCUACACUAACCAGACGUUUGACAAGGUGAUGGGUCCCAUGCUGGACGCAGAGACCCGCAAGCCCAUCUGGAGGCACAGCAUCCUGGAUGCUGAUGGCAUCUGCUCCCCUGGUGAGAAGGUGGAGAAUAAGCAGGUGCUGGUGAAUAAGUAUAUGCCCACCGUCACCCAGACGCCACUGGAGGGCACUGCCCAGCCUGGUCAACCACAGUACCGGGAUGUGCCAAUCACCUACAAGGGCUCCACAGACUCGUACAUUGAGAAGGUGAUGAUCUCUUCCAAUGCAGAGGACGCCUUCCUCAUCAAGAUCCUGCUGCGGCAGACCAGGCGGCCCGAGAUCGGAGACAAGUUCAGCAGCCGACACGGACAGAAAGGAGUGUGUGGUCUGAUCGUCCCUCAGGAGGACAUGCCCUUCUGUGAUACGGGCAUCUGCCCCGACAUCAUCAUGAACCCACACGGCUACCCCUCCCGUAUGACGGUGGGGAAGCUGAUUGAGCUGCUGGCAGGGAAGGCAGGCGUGCUGGACGGCAGGUUCCACUACGGCACGGCCUUCGGGGGCAGCAAGGUCAAGGACGUGUGUGAGGACCUCAUUCGCUACGGCUACAACUACCAGGGCAAGGACUACGUCACCUCGGGGAUCACGGGGGAGCCACUGGAGGCGUAUAUCUACUUUGGCCCGGUGUACUACCAGAAGCUGAAGCACAUGGUGCUGGAUAAGAUGCAUGCCAGAGCCCGCGGGCCCCGGGCCGUGCUCACCAG